CCUCGUCGGCUCGGCCUCAGCUCAGAGUGAAAUGCGAAGUGCCUGCCGAUGGCCUGCGACCGAGCUCGCCUCGGCUCAGCUGAGCAUGGAAAGUGUGGCACGAGGGGGCGUGGAAUUCUUCUCCGGCUCGUCCCCGUCGAGCUAGUAUUGAUCCCGCGUCGAGAUCUCCAAGGUACAUACGGUCGACGUAGCUUUAGCUGAGCUUAUCUGAUGAGAUCCGAGGUUGAAAACGUGCGAGUAAACCAAAUGUCUCUGGAUCAGAGCUGUAAUACUCGGAGUUUCAGAUUUCCAGCGUCGCGUCGUCGCCGUUGUGCUACCUCGGCACUCUGGGCGUGGAUAUUCUGUUUUGGCAGCAGCAGCAGCAGCAUUGGCAGCAGGAGCGGUGGGCAUCCCUCCAUCCACUGGCCAUCGACGGGCCACCCUGUCGUCACUUUGACUUUCGUGACACUCCGCGACACUGUCGACAAGAUCGAAUACUAAUGAUCGGGAGUCACACAUUUCUCUCGGGGCUGGCCGUGUCCUCGGUCUGCGCUCGAAGGCAGGGAGCUUGGAUUUCGUAAACAGUGUACGACUUUCAGUGCAUGCCCAAGUCAGUUCAGAGUCGAUUGACCGUCUGGAGAUGGUUGCCUGGUUGCAAAUUCUCCCAACAUUUAUUUCAAGGACCGAAUCACUGGGUGCUACAUUGCCUCGAAGGUUACGGGCGCUUUACGUGCUUCGAGUCUAUCUUCAGGGAAACAGAGACUGGGCCCUGAGGACUGAGGAGCACACUGCUUUUGACGUCAGUCCACUCCGCCCGGCUGUACUCUCUUCUUCUUGAGGGGAGCCGUAGCACGACGCCGCGUCAGGGAGUUGGACGUCUUUCAAAUUCUGAGUUUUGAGGAUCAACGAUGGGAGGUCGUGUUCAUUUUAGCAGAGUCCACUCACAUUUUGAGGACUUUUGAAUGAAGAAUCUUCCGGAUUUCGGUUCUGAGCUGGGAAUUUGUAAGUGAACAGCUUCUCGUUAGUUGUGGCGUGGCAGAGAGAGAGAUAGUCGAGGCUCAAGUGGACGAUCUAACGAGCUUGUGUCCCUUUUCUCCAAAGGGACGUAUAUGGAUGAGUGUAGCUCGGUGAACUUAUGCCUUCAGAUUGUGAGAUCAGUCAAUCACAGGGUGAAUUCUGGACAUCGAACUCGUGAGGUUCGGAAGCGUUAUAGCGAAAUUUGAAAACGAUCAGUGUUGUGUGGUGUGGUUGAGCUUCUCGUAACGGGAGAACAGAGACGGUGAAGAAAAGAUUCCCACCUGCUAGAGAGUUGUCGGGCUGGCAGAAUGAGUACGUGUAAGGCAAUUAGCUGGAGAACCUCGGUGAUGCUAUGCACCGUCCUUGUACUCGCGACGAUUCAACCGAAAGUAUCAGCAGACCUUGCUAGUGAAACUGCUGUUUUGCUCAACAUAAAACAUAACCUAUGGAAUAAUCCGCCUCAGUUUAGUAACUGGAGAAACGUCACACCAACAUGCGAGUGGAUUGGAGUUGUAUGUGACGACCAAAACACAACGAUCACGAGUUUAGAUACGCUUUCAAUCGUAAUCGACGCUCCAAUCCCAGAAACCAUUGCAAAUCUCACAAAUCUGACUUUCAUAUAUUUCUCGGGAUCUAACCUUCUUGGCGAGAUUCCUCCGUCAAUCGGCUCUCUCAAGAAGCUCAGAAGUCUAGAUCUAAGCUCAAACGGCUUAAACGGCAGCAUUCCUGCCGAGCUUGGAGAUCUAACCAGCUUGACGAACUUGCAAUUGGGGCAAAACAACUUAUCUGGCACCUUACCAGAUUUAUCCAGAUUGCAGUCACUUCAGUUCAUAAAUUUGGGCCCAAACAAUUACUUGUCUGGCCCCGUUCCAAGUUGGAUUGGAGACCUGUCGCAACUCGAAGAUAUAGACAUCAAGAUUACAAAUUUUUCAGGAAGUCUCCCGUCAGAGAUAGGAAAACUGAAAAAUCUUCGGUCCCUGAACGCGGGGGCCAGUAGUCUUUCCGGAUUUCUGCCUCCAGAACUUGGAAAUCUAACGUCUCUUCAGUCGAUCCAGCUGAAUGACAACAAACUCACGGGAAGCAUUCCGGAUUCGUUCAAAAAUUUACGAAACCUUACAAGCUUGGUCCUCGCGAACAAUCGAUUAAACGGGUCGCUUGGAUCUUGGUUUGGGAACUUGCAGUCUCUUGAGCAGUUAGAUUUGGAUACAAAUUCCAUCGAAGGGCCUAUACCACCCGAGCUUGGAAGUCUUCUGAAUUUUACACUCAUAGUUUUGAGUAAAAACGACCUGAGCGGAGAGAUUCCUGAUUCUCUUGGCAAUCUUACAAAACUUUUAACGCUUUCCCUUGACGACAAUUUCCUAACUGGUGAUAUACCAGCCAACAUCUUCUCGCUUCCAGAGCUGGUUAUACUAAAGCUCGACAAUAAUUGCCUGAACGGAACUACUCCACCCACUCUAAAUAAUUCCGGCACAAUAGAAUCCACUUAUACCGGCAACUGCUUCAGUGACAGCAAUACAUCGCAGUCUUGCAAAUGCGCUGCUACAUCUCUAGCACCCGUUCCGUUGCAGGUCAAUGGAGGGGGAACAAGCAACAAUAAUACAACAAUAUAUGUUUCAGUGGGUGUCGUGGUGGGAACUCUCCUCGUGCUAGGAAUUUUGUUCUUCAUCCUUUUGAGAUGCAGAAAGCGGCCCGAGGAAAAGACCCCUCACAAAGGAGCAGUCAAGCGUUUCAAGCUGUCAGAGAUAAAAGAAGCCACUAAAGAAUUCACCACCAUUAUUGGCAGUGGUGGGCAAGCUACAGUUUACAGGGCGGAGUUUCCUAGUGAUGAAUCCAAGAGCGGUUCGUUAGUCGUAGCUGUUAAACGCUUUGGCUUCGGACACAAAAGGAAAAACCGCGCUGAAAAGACUUUUGAUCAGGAGGUCGGUCUUCUUGCGCGUCUCAAUCAUCGAUGUCUCGUGAAUGUUAAGGGCUAUUGUGUAGAAUCAGGGGAGUACAUUCUCCUGGUUGAAUAUAUGGACAGGGGAAGUUUGUACGAUCACCUCCAUGGUGAAGUGAACAAACAAUCAGUUGUUAUUUCUAAAGAACCGCCUCUGACCUGGGAAGAGCGAGUGAACAUCGCAGUGAGCGUCGCGGUUGGCAUCGAUUAUCUGCAUUAUGGAUGCUCUCCACCUGUUUAUCACAGGGAUAUCAAAACUGCAAAUAUCCUUCUGUCAUUCGAACAGCAAGUGAUUGCAAAGGUUGCGGAUUUUGGACUCAGCAAGCUGACAUCCAUCGAAUUCAGCGAAUCCGACGAAGACUUCAACACUGGAGCACCUAAAGCCGAAGCUACUCAAGUGCAGGGCUCUCAUGGAUACAUCGACCCAGAGUUCCGGAAGACAUGUGUUUAUACAGAGAAGAGUGACAUAUACAGUUACGGUGUGGUGCUCCUCGAACUGAUCACGGCCAAAAAAGCUUCCGAUCAGAAAAACAAAAUAUUCUUGACUGACUGGGCAACCCCGUACUUGGACGAACCGAGGGACCUUCUGCCCUUUGUCGAUCCUUCACUAAACGACAAAUUUGACGAGGAGGAAUUGAUAGCUAUGGCAGAGCUGGCUCGGAGAUGCAUAGACCUGAGUCCUACAAACAGACCGACAGUCAAGGACAUCCUCGAGACUCUGAGGACUGUGUUCAAAAAGCAAACAACGAUGAUCAGCACUGGACAGACGAACAUAGCCUCUACCAUGUCGAUCUCCACCAUGCGCAGCAAUUCCAGUCUAGAUUUCCCGGAUCACACGCACAGCAUCAAUUCGUACGGUAGGUCGGAAAUUCUACCACGAGAGUAAGGAAGAUACCAUUCUCAGCCACUUUGGUCGAGGGAUUCUACAUGGGUGGGAUACUCUGACCGCGAGCAGUAGAUGAAUUUGAAGGUCUCAGAUGAAACUGAAGAUGAAAUAGAAUGAAACUGUAGUAGAUGAAACUGAAGGACAGCAGGUAUCGGACAACAGGCAGAUAGCGAAAUGAUCUCUCUGCUCAAAAACACAGGAGAGGUCAAAGGCCUGAGUCCAACUGACUCCGACAUGUCGGCUGUCGGUUUCUGAAGGAGCAGUCGCACCCAUCUGAUGCUGUCAGUCGAGAGAUGCUCCAUCAGGCUCGUUCGUGCCUUCUGCCUCUCUCUCUGGUUCAGCUCGUGCAAUUUCUGCUGGCUGCUAAUUUCGAACGCAGCAUUCUAGCCUCGUCGGCGGCAUUUCACCCCGCCUCAUGCAUAUUGCAUUUUGUAAAAUAUGAUCAUCAAGGUGACGAAGCUUAUUUCUAAUUGUCUUUUCGAUGAGUAAAAAUGAACGAUCUACAUUUGUACCU